AUCUGAGUAUCGACUGCCAUCAUCUCAGCGCAACUACCAGACAUAUCGCUCAGCCGAGCGAAAACACCAGCUACAAAACUUGUCCGUCUUAGAGACCGAAAGUCUCUAUUCCUUCACCCAAGAUGGGCAAGAAAAAGGCGCAGAAGAAGGCGGAUGACGAUUGGGAGAAUGAACUGGGCGAGUCAGUAGCUCCCAGCGGCGAUGCGACUGCAGGGAGAGCUACCGAGACUGGUGAUGCUGCUGUAGAAGCCAACGGCAAAGGCGCCUCUCUGACAGGCAACUCGGCGCCUGUCGGAAAUGAUGAUGACGAGGAUUUUGGUGGUCUCAUGUCCACCAUCAAGAAGGGCGCAGCAAAGGGGUCAAAGAAAAACAAGAAAAAGCAGAAUGAGGUAAAUUGGGACGAACUUGGCGAAGAGGCUGAGCAGCUCGGCCCCGAUGCCCCUAAUCAGGUCAUUGCACAGGAGAAAACCGAGGAAGAAGGUCAAAAGGCAGAUGCGAAGGAAUCGAAUGACAAGCCCGAGGCAGGUGAAGAGACCGAUGGCGAUACGCCACGGAUACUCACCAAGAAGGAGAAGGAAAAGCUCAAGAAGGAGAAAGAAAAAGCUAAGAAAAAGGCGCAGGCUGCGGCCAAGAAGGCAAAUGCUGGCAAUUCUGCAGAACCUGACGAUGCUUCAUCGCCUUCAAAGGAGGCGGGAGUCGCAUCAGGAUCCGAGCCUGCAUCCGCGCCUGCAGCAAACGAUGAUGAGGACGACGACGAUGAGGCAGAGGGGGACGGCGCGAGCGCGGAGAAGAAGAAGAAGAAAAAGAAGAAGAAAGCUGCCGAGGCACAGCCUGCACCUGCCUCGGGCAAGAAGCCAUCUGCUGCUGUCUUGGCACUGAGAGCGCAGAUUGAGGCCAGAAGGAAGGCGGAAGAAGAGGCAAGAGCUGUCGAGGAAGCAGAGAGAAAACGCCUUGAAGAGAUCGAAAGGCAGGAGCGGGAGGAAGAGGAGUGCAAGGAGGCAGAGCGACAGCGCAAAAAGGAGAAAGAGCGCCUCAAGCGAGAGCAGUUGAAGAAGGAGGGUAAGCUCCUCACACCCAAGCAAAAGGCAGAAAAGCAAGCAGCAGAGGCGCGCAUGAAGGCUAUGAUUCAGAGCGGUCAAAUUACUGUCGAAGGCCUCAAGGACGCCGAGGGUGGCGCUGAGACCAAGCGCAAGGUCGUUUACGACAACAGGAAAAAGAAGAAGAGCCCGGCGGACACUUCCAAACAGACUGCCCAACAAAAUGCUCAUACAGCCGCUAAAGAGCAGCCCGAGCAAGAUAAAAAAGCGGAAUCAGUGCUUGAACCGGUAGUGCCGGUUGCAAUUGAGGCAACAGGCUCUACGGAGGCUGAGUGGAAGCAACAGGAGGGGGCAGAGGAGGAUGUCAAAGAUUCAUGGGAUGCAGAGUCGGACGAUGAGGUGAAGGACGAUUGGGCUGCGGAAAGCGAUGACGACGCACAGGCCGCGGCGUCAACCAAGCCAAUUGGAUGCUCCGCUCAAAGCAAUGGCAAAGCGUUUGCAUCAGCCUCAGCUCGCCAAUCCGACGCAAACCCUUCCACAGGUGCCAAGGGCAAAGCUCCUGCAGCUACAAAGCAAAGCGAGGACGAAGGGAGUGACAGCGAUAGCGAGGCCACUGAUUCGGACUCGCACGAUUCGGAUGACGAUGACAGCAGCGAUGAAGAUGAGGACGAGGGCAUGACGGCGAUUCAGCGUCAGGCUGCGCAGAAAAAGCAAGAGGCAGCUGAGAGGCGCAAGGCGCGUACAGAGGAGGCUUUGGCAGCACGAAGCAAAGACAAUCUGCGUUCCCCUAUUUGUUGCAUUCUUGGUCACGUAGACACAGGCAAGACCAAGCUGUUGGACAAGAUUCGUCAAACUAAUGUACAGGAGGGCGAAGCCGGUGGUAUCACGCAGCAGAUUGGUGCUACUUAUUUCCCUGUUGAAAACAUCAAGCAGAAAACGGCUGUCAUCGAUCCCGAAGGCCAAUUCGAUUACAAGAUUCCAGGCUUGCUCGUCAUCGACACUCCAGGUCACGAGUCAUUUACAAAUCUCCGUACUCGUGGGUCCUCGCUCUGCAACAUCGCCAUUCUCGUCGUAGACAUCAUGCACGGUCUCGAGCCACAGACCCUCGAGAGUAUUCGUCUGCUACGCGAUCGCAAAACACCAUUCAUCGUCGCACUCAACAAAAUCGAUCGUCUCUAUGGUUGGGAUGCUACUCCCAAUGGAGGCUUCAGAGCGAGUCUUGCGAAACAGAACAGAUCUACUCAGCAGGAAUUCGAAGACCGAGUCGCCAAGACUAUCGUUGCCUUCGCCGAGCAAGGUCUGAAUGCGGUCCUCUACUACGAAAACAAGAACUUUAGUCGCAAUGUGUCGCUCGUGCCUACGUCUGCACACACAGGCGAGGGCAUCCCAGACAUGCUCCAGCUCAUUGUCAACUUGACGCAGAAUCGCAUGAGCGAAAGUCUCAUGUAUCUUUCUGAACUUGAGUGCACCGUUCUGGAAGUCAAGGUCAUUGAGGGGCUUGGUACGACGAUCGACGUCGUACUCUCCAAUGGUGUCCUGCGCGAGGGGAACAAGAUCGUUGUCUGCGGUCUCAAUGGGCCCAUCGUCACACAAGUACGAGCGCUGCUCACGCCGCAGCCGCUGAAGGAGAUGCGUGUCAAGGGUGCGUACGUACACCACAAGGAAGUCAAAGCCGCCCUGGGUGUCAAAAUUACUGCGCCGGAUCUCGAGAAGGCCAUCGCAGGCUCCCGCUUGCUCGUGUGCGGGGAAGACGAUGAUGAAGAGGAUCUCAAGGAUGAAGUCAUGUCGGACCUCACAAGCCUUCUCAAUUCCAUCGACAAGAGUGGCAAGGGCGUUUGCGUGCAGGCCUCGACCCUUGGCUCAUUGGAGGCCUUGCUUGAAUUCCUGCGGGUCAGCAAGAUCCCCGUCAGUGGUAUCAACAUCGGACCCGUCUACAAGAGGGACGUCAUGCGCUGUGCAACCAUGUUGGAGAGGGCAAAGGAGUUUGCAUGCAUGCUCUGUUUCGAUGUCGAUGUAGACAAGGAUGCAGCGAAGCUUGCGGAGGAGCUGGGCAUUCGUGUCUUCAAAGCCGACAUCAUCUACCAUCUCUUUGAUGCAUUUACUGCGUACAAUGCGGAGAUGGUCGAGGCAAAGAAACGUGAAGCGGCUCCCGUUGCGGUCUGGCCAUGCCGCCUGAAGACUAUCGCAGCCUUUGCGAAGCGUGACCCCAUCAUUCUCGGUUGCGACAUCAUUGAGGGGUCGCUCCGAGUUGGUACUCCUCUUUGCGUCGUCAAGGUGGACCCAGAGACGAAGAAGAAGGCCAUCAUCAAUAUUGGUCGGGUCACGUCACUAGAAAUUAACCACAGGACGAAAGAUAUUGUGCUCAAGAGCGAGGUCGGUGGCGGUGUUGCUGUCAAAAUUGAAACUUCGCUCAACGAGACUUCGAAGCUGUUCGGCCGGCACUUUGAUGAGAAGGACGAACUGCUCAGUCACAUCAGCAGAAGUAGUAUCGACGCUUUGAAGGAUAACUUUUGGGAUGGUAUUUCGACAGACGAAAAGAAAUUAAUCAAGAAACUUAAGGGCGUCUUGGACAUCCCCUGAAGUUCCAUCCCAUGCAUUGCUUGUAUGUAUCAUCAUCAUUCGGGCUCACGAUGCUAGGCUUACCAUGGUCUGAGUCGGAAGUGAUGGGCGAAGCGUGUUUAAUGUUCC